CGCCAUAGUUUAUGCUCGGUAAAAAAAAAGAGAGAUGGUGGAUGUGCGAAGCAGAAGCAGCCAGGCGAUGUAAUAAGCGUCGUAAAAAUAAAUUAAAACAUCGUGAUAAAUAAAGGUUGCUGCAAUAGCGAGGAGUAUUCCACAAACAAUCAACUGAUUUACAGGUGGAUUGAAAGGAAAAUGCGUCGUAAAAGUGAGCGUAACAAGGGCAAGUCAUCUCCGGAGAAGAAACCAGAGAAACCAACCCGUAAAUCGAACCGCAGACGUGCAAAAAAAUCACCAUCUACAUCCCCAGAGCGUUCAAACAGCCCCGAGGGUGAUGGGCUAGCCGCCGAAAAGGAGCCCAAUGUUAACUUCAAAAUUCAGUCCCGUUUAUCAAGCAAAGAAACCCCGGAAACGCUCGUCGAAGAGCCCGAGUCGAAAGUGUCCUCAACAGAUCAACAGAUUACGGGUGACCUCGACGAUGGUGGUUGCGUAUGGAAAGUAGCCAGGGCUGACGCAUCUCCUGGCGAAAUACAAAAACUAAAACUCUGCAGACAACGCAAUCUCUCAGAGACAUCAGAUGCAUCAUUGAGUAGAAAAAGAGUAAACAAGUGGCAUGAGGGUGAGGGUAUCGCUGAGGAGGCUGACUCUGCUGACGAGAGACCAGCAACGUCCAACGAUAAGACGGAUUCUGGUAAUAUUGCAUUGGCCGAUGAUACCUCCUCAACGACUGACAAGGAUAAGGAAAGGCAAAGGGAAUCUGGCGAAGAGGUAAGUGAUAGCAAGGAGAUGCCGCCUGAAACUACAGUCGACUUGUCUGAUGUAAAACCAAACAUAGAUCAAGGACACGCUGAAUCUCCGGAACCUGAACAACUGGAAACGAAAGCAACUCAACGAAAUGAGGAUGAUCCUGACAAUUGUCAGGUUCAUGGUGAUGAUGCUAAUGUUUCGGAAAAUAUCGAGAUUGCACAACAAGAAGAGGAACAGCAAGCCAAGCAGCAAGUUGAAGACUACUCGAGGACGUCAGAGAAACAAGAUGAAACAGAAGAGGAUGUGACAGAUGUAGAUGUGGAGAAAUCAAUAAAAUAUAUAAAAAAAGAUGAAAAGGAAUCUCAGGAUGACGAUGUUGAUACCAUUCGUCAACUCACUGAUUCUGUUCAUCAAUUUGCUAAAGAUCCUAGCGAUGAUGAGGGAAAAUCAAUGAUUGAAGAGACAAAACGGAGAAAUUCCUCCGAGAAUUCUAACGAUGAGAGUGUUAGACCUUCAAGAACACGUUCUGUUAGAAGAAAGCAUCGUGACAAGUACCGGGAUUCUUCUAAUUCUGAUACAGGUGAAACUGAAGAGGACGAGGAGGAGGAAGACCAAGUGGAGAAGGAGGAAGAAGAGGAUGAUGAAGAUGUAGAGGAGGAGGAGCAGGAGAAGGAGCAGGAGGAGGAAGAGGAAAAGAAGAAGAAGAAGAAGAGUGGAAAGAAGAGUUUGGAUGCUGAUAAUAACAAGGUUAAAGGCAACAGAGAAAAGUCACCUAGUAAAGGAGUCAUGGAGGUGGAGGAAAGCAAGAAGGAUGACAUAUGUGAGGAAGAGGAUAAACUCGAGGUGAUAAUUUCUUCUACAGUGGAGAAUGAUAAAACUCCUGUAAGAGAAGUCAAACAGCCUAAUGUUUGCAGACCAGCUAAAGUGAAUUUAAAGAGGUCUUUUACUUCGAGAAUAUCGACAGAAGAAUUGAAAAAGGAUGAUGCUGGCUCGGCAAAUGAUGCCAGUCAAGAUAAGGAAAAUUACGUUGCUGAUGAGUCUAAAAGCAUUCCAAAGAGACGUCGUUGGGGUACAGCAUUCAGUACAGAUAUAGCACCUGUAUUGUCAAUUUCAACAGAUUCUCUCAAGGCUUUAGUACCUGGUGCAAAACCCCUGUCAAUAAACGAGGUUCGUUUAUCAAAGGAUGAUGAUGAGGAUCGUAAUCGUCGCAAGGACAAACGUCAAAUGGCCAACGAUGAAGAUAAAUCAAAGGCAGACAGCGAGAUUAAAAAUGAUACUUUGAAGGAUAAUCAUAUAGGUGCACGACGAAAGAUAUCAAUUGUAAAGGACACACCACAGUUACUCUCCCCAAGUCCACCAGUUGCCCAGCCUACCAGUAUCUUGUUAAUCAAAAAUCUAGUUCGACCUUUUACACUGAAUCAAAUAAAGGAACUCUUGUCGCGUACAGGAACCAUUGUCGAGAAUGGAUUCUGGAUCGAUAGAAUUAAAUCUAAAUGCUUUGUAGAGUAUGCUAAUGAGGAUCAGGCGUUCGAAACACGACAGGCCCUUCACGGAAUAUCAUGGCCAACGUCCAAUCCUAAGAAAAUUCAAGUCGAGUACUCUGUGAAAGAGGAAAUGGAAAAGGCUAAGGAAUGUUCCAAAGAUCAGCCUCUCUCACGUAAAUUGGAAGCCUCUUCUGGGGCAGACCCAUGGCAACAGGACUGGGGGCGUAAUGAAAAAUCAAAUGCUACUACCAAGGUAACUGUUGUGAGAGAAUGGGAUUUAGGUAAAGAAGAUGGUCAACAUCUCUUGCUAAAGGAUAAGGAGAAGGAGACAAAAGAUAGGGACAAAAAGCGAAGACAACGGAGUCGCAGUCCAACUCUUGAGGCACACCUUCCAGCACCUGCGAGGAAAUUCAAGAAAAAAGAGGAUGAACCUCCACCAGCCAAACUUCUUGAUGAUCUUUUCAGGAAAACUAAAGCUACACCCUGCAUAUAUUGGCUGCCACUCACUAAUGAGCAGAUUGUCGUAAAGGAAGAGAUGCGACGACAACACAUGGCCGAGCACGCACGACGGCUCGAAGAGAUGAGACGUGCUGAGAGAAAUCGUGAUGGUCGCCGUCGACGUAGUCCCAGAAAAUAAAUACACCUACCCUAACCAAUCAAUUUUUAUUUCACAGUUUGUUCUUUAUUCGUUCAAUCUUAAUUCAAUUUCCUGACACAGCUUCGAUACUUCUUUAGAAGCUAAAUAAAGACACUUGUUUCAUUUUCAUCAUUCAGUUGUACAAAAACAAUUUUACUCUUCAACCAAAUUCAGGCGGAAUUAUGCGUUUUCUCUAGACGUUCCUUUAUUCAAUCCAAAUAAUUAAAAUUAAUCAACUUCACUUACUAGUUCUGACGAUGGAAAUUUUUUUUUUCCAAUUUUGUUUUUUUUUUUUUCUAACGAAAGAAAUUGAACAGGAAAAACAUAGAAACAAAAACAAAAUGAAAUAUCGAUGAUUAUUUCUUGUACGAACCCAAUAAAUAUCUUGGGGAUUAUCGCUCACACUACCAUUAUCCUGGCUCCUCAUAAUCAAAGCAUUAAAAAAUCCUUCUUGCAGGUCUUCACAGUCAACAAAUGUGAUUCAAAUUCAUGAAUCUCAGCAUCACCAGUCAGCAGAUUAUGAAUUUACAAUGGAUUGUAGUGUGCACACAACGUGGGAUUAUUAUUACUAUAGGAAUAACUACUUGAAAAUUGAAAUAAUACAAAUGUUUGACAUUUUUUCAUUAUUUUCGAUAAGCCCAUCAAAGAAUAUUGUGGUUGAUAUGUUAUUCGUUCGUAAAAUCGUGAAAUGAAAUCAGCCAAUAAAUUGAUAAGGCAGCAGACUAAAUUAAAGUAGGGAUUUACAAUUAUUUGAGGAGCAAUAUGAUAUGGAAAUUGGAUGAAAAUUUAUUAUUGAUAUAUAUUGUUUAACUUUUAUAAUGACUACGAUGAUGAGCUGAAAUACCUAUUCUGUGAAUUUUUCAUUAUAAGUACUGAAAAUGAAAAAGUGUACAGUUGCCUCGUAACAAAAAUGAAAAAAAGAAAAGAAAAGAGAAAAGGAAAUUGUUUGAUUAGUUUGAAAACAGAUGCAAUACUGCUAGUGUGAGAUUACGCAGUGGAAAUGACAUAAUGAAAUUCUGCUGCGUGUAUACCUCAUGUUCUGCUAUAUGUAAAAUUAUAGAAAUACAAUAAAGUGAAUAUUGGAAAGUA